GAGUUCUGCACUAAACUCUCCUCCUCCUUCCUUCCCUCUCCCUCCCUCACUGAAUGUGUGUGUGUGUUGGUGCUCCCCAGCUUUAAAAGGUACGCUGCUGUCUCGAGGGCGCUGUCCUGCAGAGGAGCUCGAGUCCGAGAAAGAGACAGACGAAACCGAAGACUUGGCCUCGCCUCCCCCCAGGCUCCGUCUUCUCUGUUUAAGCUGUAAUCAUGAGCAAAAACCUGCUGAAGAAUCCCAGCGGGGAAGACCAGCUGGAAUUCUGGGAAAUGACAAUGAACGGCGGGAGCGAGUGGAAGGUGGAGGACAUGCCGGGAGACUGCAGCUACAACUUCCCCAUGGACGGAGUGACCACCUACUUUGCAACUUCCUUUGAGCUGUGUUUGAAGAGACAGGUGAUCGAUCUGUUACAGGAGGGUUACUCCAGCGAACAGCUGGACGCUCAGCCGGCCGUCACAGUGGAAGACUGGUACUGCGGGAGGACGGAUUGUGGCUGCACCUACGAGAUGACCGCGUGUCUGCUGGAUGAGAACAAAGAGGUCAUACAGGAGUUCAAACCCCAGCCGGUGACCCUCGACCCUGAUUGUGACGACUGCUCAUGGAAGCAGGUCAGCCACACGUUUAGCGACUACGGGCCUGGGAUGCGUUUCAUCACCUUUGAACACGGUGGACAAGACACCAAGUACUGGGAAGGUUGGUAUGGAGUCCGAGUCACCGCGAGCUCCGUCACAGUCGACGUCUGAGUGGGACAAAGCAGACGGCACUAAAGUUGUUUUGACGGUUUGAGUAGAGGAGGAAGGCGGAGAACUGGAGGAGCAUGGCUUUCAUCAUCAGGAGGUUUAAUCAUGCAUAUAUUGCUAAAGCUACUAUUAAUACAGUACUGACAGAAAUAACAUGUGGCUACAGCGGCUUUACUAACUUUCCAAUAUUAAAAUGACAGCUUGCGACAAUCUAAUAGUUGGUUGGGUGGAGGUGGUGUUACACCCAAAUGGAAUUAAAAUGACACAUGCGCAAUCAUACCACUGCCUGUUUAUUCAAGCUGGAGCUUCUAUUCGAGGAUAUGAAUGUUAUUUUUUUCUUACUUUGUGAUCAGUGGAGACUAAAUACAUGUACUAGGGGUAAUCGAGAUUUUACAGGUAUCGUAGUUUACGCCAGUAUUCCCAUCUUAUGCCACUUUAUACUUGACAAUACAGAGACGUGGAGAGAGAACGACAGGAUGAUACUGUGACAUCUCAAAUAUGUAAUCCAAGCAUAUUGGGUUUUAAAAGGUUUGCCCCCGCAGAGUACUCGUGUACAGUCUGAAGGGCCGCAAUCCACAUUGUUGUUAAUCCAACAUACAUCAGUGUAUAAAAUUACAUACACAAAAUCCAGCUGUCCAUCUUUUUUCUUCCAUAUUAGAAAUAUUAGUAAACUCAGACCUGUGGUAUCAAUUGCUGAACUUGUGAUGAUCUGACAUGCAUUCAUCUGAUCAUGCAUUGAUUACUGUGUAGCUGCUCUUAACCGUUAGCAGGUCGUUCAAAACGCUGCAGCCGAAUUAUUCACCAGGAAAAAAUAUCCACAAUGUCACGUGCUGUACUCCCAUCUCUCCACUGGCUCCGUUUAGCUUUUAGGAUACAGUUCCAAAUUCUCACCUUGACUUACACGGCACUCCACAGUCAGGCCCCCGCAUAUAGUACCUGAUCUACUACACCCCAAAUCACGCGCUCAUACCCUCAGGGGCCCACGGUCUUCUGUCAGAUCACCAUCAACAUUCGAAAUGAAGACAUGAUCAACUAUCGUUAAAACAUUUAGAUCAAUGAAUGGCUCUCCUAGGGGAGAUGAAGAUUGGAAGCUUUCUGCAGGUGGGGGUCAUGUCUACUUUUGGGGUAGUGAAGUGGUACCCCAAACAGCGUACCUAUGAGCUGUGAUACUCUGAUACUGGUAUUAGCCAUUAUGCUGUCUCUAUGGAAUAAACUGUUCAUACAGCAAUAAAGUUGUGUUCUUGGAACUUAAUGUUACAAGUUUAAAUUAUUUGAUCAACUUUUGUUAUGACAUUAGUUGGCAUGUUAGGACAAGAUACUUGCAUAUAUUGUGAGAAUUGGUUAAUUAUAGGAAACCUUUUUCUUUAGGCUCCACUUUGUAAAUAACACACCAGGAUUAUUUAUCCCUUCAUCCGAGGGGUGAAUUUUUGUGUGAACAAAGGUUAGUUACGGGAAUCCUUAUUAACUUCCUCUCAUCAGUAAAACAAGCAGUUUGUAAACAUUUCAAUGUUGGAUGUCACAUGUUUCAGUGACAAACCUGUGGUGACCCCCCCCAAGUGUCUCGACCGGUUUGGAAAGAACUGUUCUGUAAUCACUACUUCAUCCAAGGGUCUUAAAACCUGAAAGACUUGCCAAAAAAUGAUAAAUACCAUAAAUCUAUUAAAGGGAUCUGACUACUUCCUGGAUGCACUGUAGCUACGGGUGGGAACUCAACUGUCUUAACAAUCCCAACUAGUUUUGCGUUAUUACAGCAUCAAAUGAGCAUUUUGUGAGAAGUGUUUGCCUUUAAAGAGAAAAUAUGAAAAACUAAACUGAGACUGAUCAGGUGCACUGUACUUGCUGUAAUGAAAUCCAUUUCAUCUCCAUUAGGCGCUCUUUGAGUCAUUAAAGAUGAUUGUAUGAGAACUUUA